GCGACAAAGCUUCAGCUGGCAAUCCCUUUCGUUCGUUCUGCCUCUGCUUCUCCUUGUAGGCUUGUAGCUGGAUAAAAUCAAUUCUCACUUUCUCAGAGCCACAAUCAAGAGCUCGCCGCCACCGUAUGCCACUGUCUACACUCUCACUUCGCUCGCUCUCUCGCAUCCCUCUCCACUCUCUCUCCUCCACCGCCUCCCUCCGCCGCUCCAUGGCUACCGCAGCCGACGCCGCCGUUGCCGUCUCCCCUUCCAACACCCGCGUGGGCUGGAUCGGCACCGGAGUCAUGGGCCGUUCCAUGUGCUCCCACCUCAUCAAAGCCGGCUACUCCCUAACUGUCUUCACCCGCACCGCUUCCAAAGCCCAACCCCUCGUCGAACUCGGCGCUAAGCUAGCCGAUUCCCCAGUCGCCGUCGCUGCCCAAUCCGACGUCGUCUUCUCCAUCGUCGGCUACCCCUCCGACGUCCGUCAGGUCCUUCUCGAACCCACCACCGGCGCCCUCCAUGGCCUCCGCCCCGGCGGCGUCCUAGUCGACAUGACCACUUCGGAACCCUCCCUCGCCGCUGAAAUCGCCGCCGCUGCAGCGACCAAGCACUGCUAUUCCAUCGACGCCCCCGUCUCCGGCGGCGAUCUGGGCGCGAAGAAGGGGACCCUGGCGAUAUUCACCGGCGGGGAUCAAUCCAUCGUCGAGAAAUUGAGCCCCCUGUUUGCCCUGAUGGGGAAAGUCAACUACAUGGGUUCUGCAGGUAAAGGCCAAUUCGCGAAACUAGCGAAUCAAAUCACCAUAGCUUCGGCGAUGGUUGGAUUGGUGGAAGGGAUCAUCUAUGCUUACAAAGCAGGGCUCAACGUGGAGCUUUAUCUCAGCGCGAUAUCAACCGGAGCUGCCGGAUCGAAGUCGCUGGAUUUGUACGCUGGCCGGAUAAUGAAGAGGGAUUUCGAACCUGGGUUUUAUGUCAACCAUUUCGUUAAAGAUUUGGGGAUCUGCUUAAAGGAGUGCCAGAACAUGGGGCUUGCUUUGCCUGGUUUGGCAUUAGCUCAGCAGCUUUAUCUGUCGCUCAAGGCUCAUGGGGAAGGCGAUUUGGGCACCCAGGCGCUUAUUUUGGCCCUGGAGAGGCUCAACAAUGUUUCUCUGGAGAAUCUUGGAUCAUCAUCCAACCCUGGAGCUUAGUUAAACUGGUAACAAAAACAAUGGAAUUCGUGUUUGUACUCUGAAUGAUCCAUUCCUAAUCAUUGCAUGAUCUGUACGAGUUUUUCAGACUGAAUAUGGAUUGUUCUGCUUCUGCUGAUGUUUUUUUGGAGAUAAAUAAGUGUACCUUUUUCUGUAUGGUUCUGCUGUGUUCUCUUUGGUACUUGUAAUAUUGUUGUAUGUUGAUCGAUGUUCUUGCUAAUGCUGGCCGGAAUGAGGAAGGCAGAAGAAAGUUGUUGAUCGGAAUAUGAAGGAGAGCUUGAAUUCAUAACACUAACUAAAUUUCUAGCUUCUAAGUUAUACCAGAAGCUUUCAGCUUGAAUGAUUGCCUGCCCUGAACAGAGUAUGCCAAAAGCAAGAAUCUUUCGUCAAAUCUCAAUCUGAAAACAAUAGAAUUCUCGUGGGAAAUGAGUGAACGAGGCAAAACCCAGUACAGGCGAAGUGGCAUAGAUGGAAAAGUAAUAGUCUUGGUCAAAACUGGCGAGCUAGCUAACCCAGGAACUGCACCCAUCCUCUUCUGGAAAAACUAGACUUUAAUCUGAUACAUCAGGAAGAUUCAACACUGUUUAUGCCAUCGUUCUGUGAAUCUAACGUGUGUAAAAUGAAGCUUCCUUGAAGUUCAGGGUUUGAAUUCAGCAACAUUUACUUUUGGUCAUUGGAUUUUAGGUGGUUUCCGCUUCUGUGGAAGCUGCGGUUUUCCAUCUUCAUUGAUCGCUUCCCUGCCGAAGGAAGCCAUUUGAUAGGGACUGGGCAGCUGAAAAAGAACCAGCUCCGUACAAAGCCUGCUGAUUUCACGAGUCUUAGGAGUUUUCAGCAGCUUUCCAAGACUUCGUACACCGCGGGCGUGCGGUUUUCACACCCAGGAUAAACCAAAAAGACUUGA